GCCCCGCCGGCGAGAUGCUGUCGUGCCGCCUGCAGUGCGCCCUGGCCCUGCUCUCCAUCGCCCUGGCCCUCGGCACCGUCUCGGCCGCCCCCUCGGACCCGCGGCUCCGGCAGUUCCUGCAGAAGUCGCUGGGGGGGGGGGGGGGCCCCAAGGAACUGGCCAAGUACUUUUUGGCAGAACUGCUUUCAGAGCCAAGUCAGACAGAAAAUGAAGCCCUGGAGUCUGAGGACUUGUCCCGAGGGGCUGAGCAGGAUGAAGUGAGACUGGAGCUGGAGCGCUCGGCUAACUCAAACCCCGCUCUGGCACCCCGGGAACGCAAAGCAGGCUGCAAGAACUUCUUCUGGAAAACUUUCACAUCCUGUUAGCUUUUGAAACCCACUUCUCCCCCCCAUCCAUCCCUUCCCUGCCCUGAGCAGAACCUUCACCACAAAAGGCGAAGACUGUAAAUACACAAUCCACAGUUAUGGUGAAAUUAAACAAACAAGGAAAAUUUGAGUUUGAUUUCCACUUGUUUUAAUAAAACUUUCUGUUCCAAUUGUA